CUCGGGUAAAGAACUCAAGAUGGCAGCUAAACCAUUACUCUACUCUUACUUUCGCAGCUCAUGUUCUUGGAGGGUCAGAAUCGCCCUUGCCCUAAAAGGGAUAGAAUAUGAAACCAAGGCUCUGCACCUAGUGAAAGGAGACCAGCGAAGUGAUGAUUACAAGGAAGUAAACCCAAUUGGCCAAGUUCCUUCCCUUGUCAUUGAUGGUCAUACUCUCACACAAUCGCUUGCCAUUUUAGAAUACCUGGAGGAGACUAGACCAGAUGUGCCAAUUCUUCCAAAAGAUCCUGCCAAACGAGCUGAGGCCCGUGCUAUUGCUGAGCUGAUAGGAUCAGGCAUUCAGCCCAUUCAGAACCUGUCAGUGCUACAGUAUGUUGGAGAUGAGAAGAAGAUGGAAUGGGCAAAGCAUUGGAUUGAUAGGGGAUUCCAAGCUCUGGAGAAAAUGCUUGCAAAAACAGCUGGGAAAUAUUGCUCGGGUGAUGACCUUACCGUUGCUGACUUAUGUCUCGUCCCCCAAGUCUAUAAUGCCAAUAGAUUCAAAGUCGACAUGUCUAAAUUCCCCGUUAUCUUGCGUGUCCAUGCCGAGUUGGAACAGCUGGAGGCCUUCAAAGCAGCACAUCCGUCAAGACAGCCGGACUGUCCGGAAGACCUCAAAUAAAUUCAACCAUAUGUGAAAUUCUUAAGCACCAUGCAAACGAGUGAUUUAAAUCGCUGCUACAUGCAAUUAUUAUCACUCUGUGCGAUGAAGGAUCACUUGUCUGCGGGUAAAACCUGCAAUCACUGGGUUUGAUAAGACAUAAAGAAAGACAUAAAUUUGCUGAAAGGUGGUUAAAAUAUAAAUAUAGCCAAACCAGCUUAAAUACUUGUUGAUGUCAAGUGCAGACGAACCAGAUUGGUGAAAUGUAAGUCUUCGGCAAUGUUUCAUUCUUUCGAUACUUGACAAGGAGCCAUGAUAUUAGAGAAAAAGUUGCCAGUUAUACAAAAUAUGACUCUUUUAUACACCUGGAGCCGUUUCAUCAAAGUCCGACAGAUGUACAAAGGGUGAAAUUCGACUCCUUAAUUACCUUGAAAUGCAUUAAAAAUACACUAAUCCAACCAGCAAGUGCAUAUGCCCAGAUUGCCUGACCACGAUUGUAGAAACUGCAUCGUGAGUCAAUAUUCGUGGUUUUUUUAGGGUUUUUGCUUCUGAUGUGUGUAGUGUGGUGUUUGAGCUGUAGAACAUUGUAGAAGUCUAUUCUAAACAGAAAUUGUUCUUAUAUUUAGCUGUGCUUUAUGCAUACGUGAUGUUCUUGUCACUUGCUUUGCAGUUUAUAAUCUUUACAAAAUCGGAGAAACAUUCCUUGUAUUACAUUCUGGCCUAUGCAAACUUUUAUAAACUGAUAUUGUUAGGUUAUAGUUGUAAUAGCUAGAGUUUCUUUGUGGUAGACAUAAGCAGGCUAUUGUGUAAUGUGAACGCCGUUCAUUAAAAAUUUGAAAUUUGUAAUUGAAUUUGAAAAUUUCUAAUUGCGUAAAUACGUACAGAAUAUAAAUUUCAACAUUACCGUAAUGUAGACAGAUAUACAAAUACUAUAAAUACAUAGUUUCAGCAAAUUCGUAUGAAUAAUAACUGUUCUACGGCAUUGUGUAUAACUGCAUUUCUAUUUUCCUGCACCACCAGUAAUUACAAACAGAGUACCCCUUUAAGAAGGGAACUACUGAUCUGUUAUCUUAAGACAGUUUACUUAUUUGUUGCAAUAAUCACGUUUCCUGAUCUUGCUUUAAGAGUGUUCGAAGUCUAACUAGUCUCAACCUAAACUCGAAGCAUUGUGCAGUUGUUGACAUCUUGUGUUCCUGAGUUCCGAGGCCCUUCUACUGUUCCUGUACAAAGAACAAUUCUCUCCAGACAUACAUGUAUCUGUGUAUUCUUUUACUACAUGUAAGCUGAUGUUAUCAUUUGUGUCGAGCAGCAUACAUGUAGAUCUGCUAGGACAGCAAAUAUAAGCGCAAGUCUGUUAAAAAGCAACCCAAUCAAAAGUUUUUUACCUCAUUCAGCCCACUGGGUGGAGGU